GCAAUGGGAAUUACAAGGAAAAUAUGGGUGGUUAGUACCUUGACAUGGCACGUCGCUUUUAAAUUGUUUUAGCUGGGCUUGCCAUCCGUGUGGUCUCAGUAACUUUUCAAGUUUCAAUCAGGAGUCGAAGUGAGCCGGGCCCGUUGAACCAUGUUUCGGCCAAAGUGGUUGCUUUCUGCGUUAUUGCUGGGCGUAUUCAUCCCCAUCAUCGUCGUCUCGCAAAUCGUUGGUCCUCCGGAAUCUAACACGGAUGAAAGCAGUAACACUGCGGCGUUCGAUGCUGACGAAAUCGGUAAAGUUAUUGAGACCACAAUGGAGUGUCACGAGAACCCGGCGCUAGCCGUGUCGGUCGUGAAAGAUGGGAAAGUAAGUCAUUCAUUGUCUUAUCGUAAAUUUAGUUAAUCUUAUUGUCGCUCUAUUUGGCAGUCGACUUGUACCUGUCACGUUCUACAGCGAAUACUCCGAAGGCCUCUAGAAAAUGGCUGCAGAAUUAAACCAUUUUCUGUUGGUCAUUCUUUCAAAGUAAUUAUGCGUCUAUUAGUAAUUACUUUUGUGUCAUUCGUAUCUUAUUACACUAUGUAUUGGCUGCCGUAGCCCGUAUUCGGCUUUCUAAAAUAAUAGGGCGUAUUUGUCACGCCGGAUUUACACAUUUCUGCGCCCUAGACCUUACGCAUAAUUUUGUGCGUCGACCCCCCCCCCCCUUUCCCCCCAAACUCAAAAAGUUUAUUCAAGCUUUCUAAAAUAAUAGGGCGGAUUUGUCACGCCGGAUUUACACAUUUCUGCGCCCUAGACCUUCCUCAUAAUUUUGUGCGUCGACCCCCCCCCCCUUUCCCCCCAAACUCAAAAAGUUUAUUCAUAAUUUAAAAUAUUAAUAGUUUAUUGUGAAGACAUAUUCACUUUAUACAAUCUUUAGCGUCUGUGAAACACGUCGCCUUUUUAAUUAAAAUCUUCCCUACUACAGCACUUUAUAAAUGGCCUUUUCAAAAUAAUACUUAACAAUUUGUCAAUAUUUUUUUGUUAUUUCUUUUGUAAAUACGCCCCCUGAGUGAUGCGCCCUAAGCCAUGAUGUAGGUUGGACGUAUGGGAAGUCCGGCAUUGUGUACAUGGUUUCAAUGACAAGUACUUAUGGAGAAAAGGAAUCAUGAAACUAUUCAAAACUCCGUAUUAAUUUAUUUUGUUCAAAUCAUUAUUGUCAAAAAAAAAGCAUUGGGGCAAAGUAUUUCGCAACCCAACCAUCACGAAAGUUGUUCAUUUAGGACCUGACCAAACAAUGAAAGAAACUCCAAAUCUAAGAUUAAGGAAAUGUGGAGCUGUUUGCUUUUUCCGUCGGUCAAAAUGCAUCUGAAAAACUGCACAAUUCUUUCUGACAAACAUUUAUCAUACUUCUUCUUUCUAAAUUACUUACGGUUGCGGAAGAAACAGGUUAGAUCUACUCUCUGCAUAGUCUGAGCAAGGAGACUCUUAAAAUAAGGGGGAGACAUGGGCGCCCGCAGGGGAGGGCAACGGGGGGCACUUGCCCCACCCCCUGGAUUGAUUGGAUCGAACAAUUUUAGACAAAAAUAGACACAAAAUAUAUUAAAGUAAAUAGAAAAUAAAGAGAACGUAACUAAGCUGAUGUCCUGUCCGUUCGUUCACCAUACAAAUACGCUACAGUAAAUUAAAACUACAUUAAAACAUUACUAAAAAAAUUGUGCCCCCCCCCCUGGAAAGUUAAUCGAUUUUUUUUGCCCCCCCCCCCAAGAAAGUUUUCUGCGGGCGCCCAGGGGGGGGGGGAGAGAGACUGCAAUCAGGCUAGAAUAAUGUAAAAAGGCCAAAAAAACUACCAUAAAACAUUAAUAAAAAAAUUGGGCCCCCCCCCCUGGAAAGUUAAUCGAUUUUUUUUGCCCCCCCCCCCAAGAAAGUUUUCUGCGGGCGCCCAGGGGGGGGGGGAGAGAGACUGCAAUCAGGCUAGAAUAAUGUAAAAAGGCCAAACAAAGUAUGGGAAAUAAAGGGACGCAACAAAACAGCAUUUGUUGAGUCAUUUUUCUUAAUUGAAAAAACAUUGAACUUAUUUUUAUCAAUCCCAUAUGUCGCUUAAAUUUUAAUUUUUUAAAUUUUUUUUUGCCUUUGACUUAAUCAUAAAUGUGUUUUUAGCCCCUCUGUAAGAUCAUGGACUGUAUGAUUAUAGAUAAACAUGGGUCUGGUUGAACAAUACAAAAAGAAAAAAAGUUGUUACAUGUAAGUUUGAUAAGAAAAUUUUCAAUGUGUUCAUGAAACUAUACAUGUUCAAAUGUAUUGACAUUUUAUAUUUUGCUAAUUGCUCAAAUAUUUAAUAUAAUAUCAUAUUCCGUAUAGCGUUUUUUUUUUUUUUAAAUUUCAAGAUUCUGAUGUCUAGAGGGUUUGGAACAUUUGGUUUGGACAACCCCAAGAAGGUCGAAAGCACAUCUGUAUUCGGGGUAGCCUCUCUCACAAAAUUAUUUUCUGCCACGCUGCUUAUCAAAAUGCUUUAUGAGAAAACAAAGUGAGUUCAUCUGGGGUGUGCAGUGUUCUACACCAGUACAUGUACAGACGUGUGUUUGUGAUUAGUAACUAUUUCAUACCCCAUACCCCCCUUGUUCAUUCAUCAUUGCUUUAUACCCCAAACAAUUAGUUACUAUAGAUAAGUGAUAUAAUAUUCACUUUUAUAUUUACGUAUGGAAGAUAAUAACGUAAACAACUAGACUUUUUUUUUUCAAGAUAUUUUUCAUAUACUUUUCGUAUGCUAUUUUUCAGUCCCUUGCUACGUACGCCUUUGUAGACAAUGUAAAUUUGUUAAAUCCACUAUCGUUACGUAAACUAUGUCAAUGACGGAUAUGACUUCGGAUCAUUAUGGGUCAUUGCGUACAUUAGCGUGUUUUAAAAGUUACUUUAUCGAUUCCUUUGCGCUGUUUUACAGUUAUUCAGUUACAAUGUCAAGAAAUGUUUCUAGCCUUCUUAAGUGUAUUCUAUUUUAAUUAAAAUGUGUAUAUAAACAAAUUUUUUUUUUUUUUAAUUUCUGGCCCAGCCUCACGGUGGAUUCCCCUGUGAGACUGCUUCUUGGGAAGUCGUUCAACAUGUCUGACCCUCUCCGUACGGCAGAGACAACAUUCACAGACUUAUUGGCUCAUAAAGUCGGCAUACCAGACUACAACAGUCUGAGAUUUGACCCGAAAUUUACAAGAGACACUCUUUUAGAGUAAGUUUGUUGUAAACGUAGGAUGCGCAGUUAAAUAUUUUUUGAAGGUAUAAACAAGCUGGACUGUGGUAUCAGAGGAAUCAUUUCACCUUACAGAUAUAAAAACCUUAAUUUAAAAAAAAAAAAAAAAAGAGAAUGUGAUUCAUUUUGUCAAGUUCCAAGUCAAUGACGUCAAGGGGGGGGGGGGGGAUUUAGUUAAUGUACCCCACCAAUUCGAAUCAUUGGCCAUUGUCUCAUUAGGCGUGAGUGAACAAAGGCUUUGCUAGUGACUUGUGGGUGGAAAUAUGUGACUACACAUUAGUUAAUAAAACUACCAAUGAUAGGUGGGCUUAGAAUAGGAAAUGAUUUGUGAGUGAAGAUUGUGCACUAAGUGAAAGCCGGAUUAAUGAAUUGCGGGUAGAUAUUAAGCAGUGGGUGGUGUGUGGAGAAUGAGUGGUGUGUGGAGAAUCAGUGGUGUGUGGAGAAUCAGUGGUGUGUGGAGAAUCAGUGGUGUGUGGAUAUAGUGCAUUGAUUGAGGUGGGGGCGUAGCAACUGAGCAAUGAGUUACAAACACUGUUACCAUUGUGACCAGUUUCAUGCACAUGAAUUCUCUAACUAUAUCCGCCCCAUCAAUUCCUUAGACGCCUUGGACUCUUGCAAACCAACCAGCAGUUCCGGGUCAAGUACUAUUACAGCAACAUCAUGUACGGAUUGGUCAGCUACAUCACAGAGGUCAUCGGUGGCAAGGCUUGGGAAAAACUUGUCGAUGAACACCUUUAUCAGCCGCUGGGUAUGAAGAGCUCGACUUUUGCUUCAGUGGCAAACUUUGAACAAAAAGAUAUGGUGGUCCCAUAUGCUGAUGUUUUGGGAAAGUUAGAGCGAGUCAAUCCUGAAUUUUCCAGGUCUGUUCUCAAUUUCUGAAUAUUUUGUGGCUACUGAAAGGUAUGCAUCAAUCUAACGAACAGUGUUAAGCUUCUUUAUUUUUAUAGGAAGAUUUGUUCUCUUCAGAAUUCAUUGAUCAAUUUUGAUAAUUUGCUCUUAAUGUCAUUAAAACCCAGGAGGUGGGCUCAGUUAUCGGGUUCUGGCUCAGUUAUGUCGAGCGCCGAUGAUAUGGCCAGAUGGAUGAACUUUCACUUGUUUGAUGGCAAAGACGCACAAGGAAACGAAGUAGUCAAGGCUAAACAGAUUGCAGAGAUUUACAAGGGCAGAUUCUUUGUUGGACCAGAGACAGGAAAGGAAACGAGACUUUCAAAAUAUCCUGUUACAAGCACCGAUGAGAUUUAUGCAUUUGGAAUUAGAAGAGGAUUCUAUAGAGGUAUUUUAGAUGAUGUCAUCAUAAAGCUUUAUGUUCUAAAUCCAAAGACGAUUUUAUUACUUUGUGUUGUAGACCUGGGAAAUUCCACGAGUGUAUUAAAAAAAUGUAGGAGUAUGAACUACUUACAAUGUUUGUGAAUUUAAUGAAAUUCCAAGGCCACCAGUUGGUAAUUUCCAAAAAGGUUGAGUCCUUCAAGAUAAUCAAAUGUCCAUAUGAUAAUUCCCUUGAUUAACCCUCCUCCCCCCACCCACCAAAAAAAAUAAUAUGAUAACUAAAAUGCGAUCACCAAAACUGCCGUCCACCAAGUGAUUUUUUUUUCGCUAAGCCAAGCAAUUUACAAAAAAAAUUGUAUUGAAGUGCAUGAAACUCUAAAUUGAAAUAUUUUCUAAAUGACAGCUAUGUGGUACAGUUAUUUUGACCUAAAUUUCCAGGAAACAUCUUAGGGACAAGAGGUCUGAACCUACCCAAUUUAGUUGCGAUCCAUGGAGUGCAGUGUUUCCCAAACUUUUCUAAAUGCUGCACACCUACGAAUUAUAUGAUUAGACUUGCAACCCCCAUGAGUUAUUUGACUCAAUUGGCAUUCUUUACAUUUUAAAAAUAUUAAGUAUUGCACCUCCUACAAAAGUAUUUAAAACUUUGGACUUGAAAUUUAUUUCUAUAAUUUACAAAAUAUCCUAUAAUAUUAAAAUAAAUAGGGACUUCGGAUAAAGAACUUAAUCCAGGACUCGAUGUUGACCCAAAACGGUGAAGGCGUUGCUAAGCGAAACAAUCUUCGCCAUUGAACUCGAUCUCGGUUAAUUAAAUCUGUUGCAUUCUUUAGAAAUAUGGUAUUUGUUUUUCUGUAACAAAAGUAAUAUAAAAUGAAAUUUUAUAAUCCUUAAAUAUGGAGAUAUUACACUAAAAUAAUAUAACUAUAACAGAACUGACAUUAUCAAGUUAUAGUAUAUUUUCUUUCUUUACUUCCAUGCUAACACGGUUCCUGUUGAUAACAAGUGUUUCUCUUUCGGCGCCAUAAUGAGGACUAAAUAACCCCAAAAAGGUGCACACAAUAAACAAACAGCAGUGUUUAUUUAACACAGCACCAACGAUGCUACUGCAAACGCACCUAAGCACUAUUGAGCCGGUUGGGAUUAUAUGUACAGGCAUAUAAGUAUCUUUCGUUAACCGAGACAAAAAUUGCGCACAAAACUUGGGCGUAAAUCGAUUUGUUCGUUAACUGGGGCGUUCGUUUCCCGAGGUUCCACUGUAAUAAAAUAACUUUCAUUGAAGUAGUUUUGGUUUCUUUCAAACCAAUUUUACUACAUUUGUACACCCCCCCCCCCUUAUUUUUGUUUACCUCCUACCUCGAAGAGAAGCCUGAAGGAAAAAUUUCCAAUGAUGACAUUAAAUAUAAACGUAUAUAAACUCUUAAUAGAUAAGGAUCCUAAUAAGGUACCGAUUGAAAAAAGAAUAAUCAGCUUAUUAUUGAAAUAUUGUUUCAUUUGUAUUUUAGUUAUUUGUUUUAAUUUUAGAUUUCAUUGUGUAAUAAAUUCCAAAGAGGGUCGUGCACACUUGUAUUCUUAAAAUGCUUAAAAUGGGAUAUAACCCCACUCGUCCAAUAGCGCCAGGGCGGGUUUACGGGCCUUGGGUGGCAGGAAAACCUGGGUGGCAGGAGGCUUUAGUUGACAGAAAGCCCUGGGUGGCAGAAGGCUAUAGUUGGCAGAAAGCCCAUGAUUGAAGAAGGCUAUAGUUGACAGAAAGCCCUGGCUGGCAGAAGGAUAUAGUUGGCAGAAAGCCCUGGGUGGCAGGAGGCUAUAGUUGGCAGAAAGCCCUGGGUGGCAGGAGGCUAUAGGUGGCAGGAAGCCCUGGGUGGCAGGAGGCUAUGGGUGGCAGAAAGCCCUGGCUGGCAGGAAAGGCUAUAGUUGACAGAAAGCCGUGGCUGGCAGAAGGAUAUAGUUGGCAGAAAGCCCUGGGUGGCAGGAGGCUAUAGUUGGCAGAAAGCCCAGGAUUGAAGAAGGCUAUAGUUGACAGAAAGCCCUGGGUGGCAGAAGGAUAUAGUUGGCAGAAAGCCCUGGCUGGCAGAAGGCUAUAGUUGGCAGAAAGCCUUGGGUGGCUGAAGGCUAUAUUUGGCAGAAAGCCCUGAGUGGCAGGAGGCCCUGGGUGACAGGAAGCCCUGGGUAGCAGGAAGCCCUGGGUGGCAGGAAACUCUGGGUGGCAGGAAGCGCUGGGUGGCAGGAAACUCUGGGUGGCAGGAGGCCCUUGGUGACAGAAGGCCCUGAUUUGCAAGGAGCCCUGGGUGGCAGGAGGGAAUCGUUUGAGAAUCAAAAUGCUAUGAACAUAUGAUUCGCUAAUAUCUCCCACAGGUUAUAACCGAUUAGUUCACACCGGUUCUACAAUGGGUUACAGAGCCUACAUGGCACUCCUGCCAGAGCCAAAAAUUGGUGUUUUCAUUGUGAUGACUGGAAAGGAUGACGCAUACGUUUACCGUCAUCCACUCCACAUGUACCUGAUGGAUAGAGCCCUGGGUGUGCAAUCGUGGCUCAACAGUUCAACCCUCUGUACAUACCCUGAACCUUGGGAGAAUCGUUCUGCGCGAUCCAAUCGAACACUCAAUCCUGAUGUCAAAUUAAAGUAUGACAUUAAGCAGUAUGAGGUAUGUUGCUAGGAGCUACUGAUGUAUUCAUUAAAAACUCAUAUCUUAACUGACUUCCCCUCCCCCGGGUUGGCACCCGGUUCAGGUCUUUGAAAACCGGGACUGUAAAGUUUAAAUGGUUAAAAAAUAUUUCCCAGAAUCCGUCCGUGACAAUGUGACAUUAGUGUAGACUUUGCAGGACGAAAAUCACAAGGCCAGGGAAUUUUUUUUAGGAGUAUAAGCUGGUUUUCUGGACAGGGAAUCGCUUCUCUCCACGCACCUGGAUAACCCAAGGGAACAUCAUAUGUGGAUGAUACAACUCGGCACCAGUAACGUCGUAGGAGUUGCUGGAAUAUCCAUUGUUUCAAUGACAUACAGCCUACGGGGCUCCAUCUCCGGGUUUCAAUUCACAGCUUCCCUCUCUUAGAUGAGUUGUAACCCAAGGUGAAUGAGUUCCACCCAUCCCGGGUGAUGGUGAUGUUUUGCAUGACUGGGUCUUGUUGGGGAUUGAACUCUUGACCACAGGCUUGGGAUGGACCACUCGGUAACCCAGCACCAUGGGAUGGACCACUCGGUAACCCAGCACCAUUUUCAGAUUAAUGUUCCAAUAAAAAAUAAUGUUGAUGUAUCUUUUAAACGCAGCUACCUCACAUGUUUUCUUCUAACGUCAUAGUUUGCCCUUGAUGUAUAAUUAAUACAAUACGUUAUUCUGUAAGAUCACUUUAGCAAUAACACAAUGUAGAUAAUUUUUGUUUUGUUUUUUGGGUAAGGUGGCAUUUAAAAAAAAAAAAGGUUGGAGGUGACGACCAUUAAUUUACCUCAUCGGGUGACACCAACUCUAUUGACACCUCUGACCGGUAUAGAGACAUCGGGUGACACCAACUCUAUUGACACCUCUGUCCGGUAUAGAGACAUCGGGUGACACCAACUCUAUUGACACCUCUGUCCGGUAUAGAGACAUCGGGUGACACCAACUCUAUUGACACCUCUGUCCGGUAUAGAGACAUUGGGUGACACCAACUCUACUGACAUCUCUGUCUGUAUGGAGACAUCGGGUGACACCAACUCUAUUGACACCUCUGUCCGGGAUAGAGACAUCGGGUGACACCAACUCAAUUGACACCUCUGUCCGGUAUAGAAACAUCGGGUGACACCAACUCUACUGACGCCUCUGUCCGGUAUAGAGACAUCGGGUGACACCAACUCUAUUGACACCUUUGUCUGUAUGGAGACAUCGGGUGACACCAACUCUACUGACGCCUCUGUCCGGAAUAGAGACAUCGGGUGACACCAACUCUACUGACGCCUCUGUCCGGUAUAGAGACAUCGGGUGACACCAACUCUACUGACACCUCUGUCCGGUAUAGAGACAUCGGGUGACACCAACUCUAUUGACAUCACUGUCCGGUAAAAAGACAUCGGGUGACACCAACUCUAUUGACACCUCUGUCCGGUAUAGAGACAUCGGGUGACACCAACUCUACUGACGCCUCUGUCCGGUAUGAAGACAUCGGGUGACACCAACUCUAUUGACGCCUCUGUCCGGUAUAGAGACAUCGGAUGACACCAACUCUACUGACACCUCUGUCCGGUAUAGAGACAUCGGGUGACACCAACUCUAUUGACGCCUCUGUCCGGUAUAGAGACAAGGAUGACACCAACUCUAUUGAAACCUCUGUCCGGUAUAGAGACAUCGGGUGACACCAACUCUAUUGACACCUCUGUCUUGUAUCGAGACAUCGGGUGACAACAACUCUAUUGACACCUCUCUCUUGUAUAGAGACAUCGGGUGACACCAACUCUAUUGACACCUCUGUCCGGGAUAGAGACAUCGGUGGACACCAACUCUAUUGACACCUCUGUCUUGUAUCGAGACAUCGGGUGACACCAACUCUAUUGACACCUCUCUCUUGUAUAGAGACAUCGGGUGACACCAACUCUAUUGACACCUCUGUCCGGGAUAGAGACAUCGGUUGACACCAACUCUAUUGACACCUCUGUCCGGGAUAGAGACUUCUGAUGAAACCAACUCUAUUGACACCUCUGUCUUGUAUAAAGACAUCGGGUGACACCAACUCUAUUGACACCUCUGUCCGGGAUAGAGACAUCGGAUGACACCAACUCUAUUGACGCCACUGUCCAGUAUAGAGACAUCGGGUGACACCAACUAUAUUGACACCUCUGUCCGGGAUAGAGACAUCGGAUGACACCAAUUAAAUUGACACCUCUGCCCGGUAUAGAGACAUCGGGUGACACCAACUCUAUUGACACCUCUGUCCGGUAUAGAGACAUCGGGUGACACCAACUCUAUUGACACCUCUGUCUGGUAUAGAGACAUUGUGUGACACAAACUCUAUUGACACCUCUGUCUUGUAUGGAGACAUCGGGUGACACCAACUCUACUGACAGCUCUGUCCGGUAUAGAGACAUCGGGUGACACCAACUCUACUAACGCCUCUGUCCGGUAUAGAGACAUCGGGUGACACCAACUCUACUGACGCCUCUGUCCGGUAUGAAGACAUCGGGUGACACCAACUCUAUUGACGCCUCUGUCCGGUAUAGAGACAUCGGAUGACACCAACUCUACUGACACCUCUGUCCGGUAUAGAGACAUCGGGUGACACCAACUCUAUUGACACCUCUGUCCGGUAUAGAGACAUCGGGUGACACCAACUCUACUAACGCCUCUGUCCGGUAUAGAGACAUCGGGUGACACCAACUCUACUGACGCCUCUGUCCGGUAUGAAGACAUCGGGUGACACCAACUCUAUUGACACCUCUGUCCGGUAUAGAGACAUCGGGUGACACCAACUCUAUUGACGCCUCUGUCCGGUAUAGAGACAUCGGGUGACACCAACUCUAUUGACACCUCUGUCCGGUAUAGAGACAUCGGGUGACACCAACUCUAUUGACACCUCUGUCCGGUAUAGAGACAUCGGGUGACAUCAACUCUAUUGACACCUCUGUCCGGUAUAGAGACAUCGGUUGACACCAACUCUAUUGACACCUCUGUGCGGUAUAGGAACAUCGGGUGACACCAACUCUAUUGACACCUCUGUCCGGUAUAGAGACAUCGGGUGAAACAAACUCUAUUGACGCCUCUGUCCAGUAUAGAGACAUCGGGUGACACCAACUCUAUUGACGCCUCUGUCCGGUAUAGAGACAUCGGGUCAAGUGAUGACUGGUGACUCUCGGUACCUGUGUGCGAAAGUAGAUACUGCCUAAUUAGCAGUCCAGGCUGGGACAUCCUCCCCUUGGAUAUUCUUAACUGUACCGGUACCCUAUAGUGGCCUAUAGGAUCGAGUUGUUGCUCACUGAACCCUUUGGGAUCAAGUUAUUACUCUCAACUGUUAUUAAAUUACUGAUGUUCUGUGUUCGGUAAUUAUCACAAUUUCAAAUUGGUUUACUUUUAUUUCUUUUAAUGUGUUACAUAUUUAUAAACAUAAACUUUGACUUGAUAUUAGAAAUGCACUAAAAUGCAUUUUAUUUAACUCUCAGAGUGCAGCGGGAUGUAAUGAGCUAUAAACAAACAUGUGGGUCGCUAACAAUUAGGCCUAAUGAUAAAAUUGGAAUCUUAAAUGUGUAUUGGCUUUAAUGUUGGAUGCUUACUGAAAGGAUAAUUCGUAGAGGCCAGUCAAUCUUCUGUACUUAGAAUUAGAAUUCUCGCUGAUACUAGUACCGACAUAAAUAUCUGCUGAAGCGGUACUGAGCAUGACGCUCUUGACCGGCCGCUCACGAAGAGCAGCGUCCAAGACACCGGUCUGACGUAUUCGUAACCGUUAAAGUCAAAACCAGGAUCAAGGACCCCCCCCCCCCCCCACCCAAAGACAGGGGCCGCGGUGAUACCGGCUAACGGGAACCCCCCCCCCACCCGGGGGGGGGGGCGGCGUGUGUUCAAAUUGGCCCGGUUGUGAAACCGACCAGGCUGGGCAGAAGACUAUUACGAGCAAGAUCUUCCCGCCGUCGGGCAAUCCCAAGACUCCGAACAUUGUCUAUCCAAGUUUACAGCUGCCGCAAUCAAAACUGUCGGAAACAGCGGGGCAUGCGCCACAAAACCAGCCUUUACCCUCCGUGGGACUUUGACUCUCUCCGUUAGCGACCGGACGCUAGUGUCCUGAGCGCAGGCACAAGCCAGCGCAAUGGGGCACGGAACACCGGGACACGACCCAGGCCCCACACCACCGGCCAGGAACAGGGGGCAACGACCCCGAGACGCCCGCGGUCACCCCCCCCCUCCCCGCGGCGCCAGGAUCCCGCAGGAUCUAGACUUUAGCCAAUGAACGAUUGUCUCAAUCUUUGCCAAAGACAAAACCUCUUUUCCACCACUGCUCACCAUCUACGUGGGGUACGGCAAGCCGUAUCGUGCCCCACUCCGGUGACUUCGUCGCUCCAAACAGUGCCUGGCCACCUUGUCACUUCUUACAACAUGGCACUGUUGGAAUCAUCAUAUCCAUAAUUUUUGCUUUCGAGGGCGGGGGGUGCCCCCCCCCCCACACUCGACCCCAUUCUGUCCGCCCGCGCUUAUUCGGUCUGACCACACCGGGUUAGACGUUAUUGACGCGCGUAACCGAUGUCCGGGGGGUGACGACCCCGGAUGUCGGCCAACCCGUUAUCCACAACCUACGGAGGCGUGGAAUCCCGCUGGGGCUACCGGGUGGGCCUCGUCUGAUCGGGGUCAUCCCAGUUCCACUUGAGCAGGGACCCACUCCAAGCCCGAUGAUCCGACACCGUCAACUGACGGCCAGUUCACCAGACCACAGCACCACGACCAAAUCCCCCGACUGGGUCGCUUAGCUGCUGGCACCGACAUUAAUAUCUGCUGAAGUGUGACUGAGCAGGACGCUCUUGCACGACCGCUCACGAAGAGCAGCGUCCAAGACCCCGGUCCGACGUAUUCGUAACCGUUAAAGUCAAAACCAGGAUCAGGGACCCCCCCCAUUGAUAAGCAAUGGACGCGGAUUAGCCUGGCUCGUGAAACCCCCCACGUGUCCGGGGGCCACUUGUACAAAUUGGCCCGGUUGUGAAACCGUUGCCCUCCAAGUACUAGUACCAGAGUUAGCUCACUGUUGCCCGCCAUCGUACAGCACCAAACACAUGGCUUGUGUUAGUCAGGGAAGGACCAGUGAAUGGCAGUGACAUGGCAUGGGUUAGUCAGGAGAGGACCAGUGAAUGGCAGUGACAUGGCAUGGGUUAGUCAGGAGAGGACCAGUGAAUGGCAGUGACAUGGCAUGGGUUAGUCAGGAGAGGACCAGUGAAGGGCAGUGACAUGGCAUGGGUUAGUCAGGAGAGGACCAGUGAAUGGCAGUGAGUUUUGACGUUAGACUUUCUGGUGAGCCUUUCUGAGGUGUUUGAGAGGCUGGUUGCUCCGAAUAGCGUCACACGCCCAGCCUUGUCACCUUGCCUUGGGUGUGUGAUGUCUGACUCAUAUAGGCCUAAAGCAGAGUCAGACAUUCUACCAUAAAGUCACAUGGCCGCAACGAUUUAAAUACUUGAUCUAGAUUAUCUAAGGUGAGUCGGUUUUUUUUUCCAAUUGAAAAACCAGGGCAUUUAAUUUUUUAAAAAUCGUUUUGAGGAGAUGGGUGAAAAUACAAUUAUUAUUGCUACACAAGAGGACUCGUAUGUCUAACAAGCCUUUACAAAAAAAACAAAGAAACAAAGAAAGAAAAAAACGUUAUUUUGAAGUUAGUUUGGAUAAUUUACAAGUGACAUAUUCUUUCAGUUACUUGAUUAAUAUAUGACUGGAUAUCAGUUUAUUUGCACUCAAUCUUGUGUUAAAUUAAUCAUUUUUUUUAAUCAUAACAACUCACAACUAGCCAGGACAAAGGUAAAAAAAAAAUGUAAAAAACAAAAAAACAGUAGUGUUCAGGUAAAAACAAUACGAAUGGUCGCCUUAAUAUUAUGGUAUAGAACUUAAGAAUUUCUUAAUGCAUUAAGAAAUUUUAUUAUAACUCUGAAAUUAGCAAAACAAUUAAUGCAAUGCAAUGCCAAGUAGUCUCACCAAAAGAUAUCUUUUAAUUGAUAAAAAAAAUACAUAACAAGUGCUACCAAACUAAAUAGAGACAGUAACAUUUAGUAACAAGUAUUCUAAACGUGUCUUACGCAUGGCGUGAUGAAUAAUAAGUUCCUACAUUUAGGCUGUACAAACUGUGUCGGCUAAUACUUCUAAGAAGAUUCAGAUGAACAAGCUUAAGGCGUAGGAAAUGAACAGAUAUUCAUAAUUAUUAACGACAAUACUUUCUCAGAGCGAAAUUUCAAUUGAGAUUCCUUGUGAAGGCAUAAUGUUUAGAAAGCCAGAAAUAAUUGAGUUAAAACAAAUAAGAUCUCAUAAAUCAACAAAUUCUCUGCCCUACUUGAUUUAGUUUGACUAUACUAAGACUAGAUUAUCAACUGAAAUGUUAUGUGAACAACCUGAACCUGUCUGCAUAAGAUAAAUGAAAAGUGUCAGCGUCCUUUAAAUGUUCAUUUUUAUAAUGUACUGACUGGGUUGAAGCUCAUUGUAAUGAAAGUGCCCAAAAAGAGAUGAGGAAGGAAAGAACAUAUCUUCUUCUUCUUCUAUAUCUUAAGGGCCCACGAUCAAUUUAUUGAUCAUUUUGGCUCCUAUGCAUGUAGAUGGGAUUUGCAAUGUAACGUAUAACAUCAUUUGACAAGUGUUGGUCUGUGUUAACAGGUGUCUUGCAAGAGAUGGACAUGCAACAAAUGUGACACAAUCAUGUCAAUAAUGUGAUUUAAGAUUCAUGCUGCUGUAAUAAAAAUUAAUUUUUAUUUCAAUAAAAUAACUAUAAGAUUCUGGAACACUAUAAUUAUAAGAUUCUGAGACACUAUAACUAUAAGAUUCUGGAACACUAUAAUUAUAAGAUUCUGAGACACUAUAACUAUAGGAUUCUGGAACACUAUAAUUAUAAGAUUCUGAGACACUAUAACUAUAAGAUUCUGAGACACUAUAACUAUAAGAUUCUGGAACACUAUAAUUAUAAGAUUCUGAGACACUAUAACUAUACGAUUCUGGAACACUAUAAUUAUAAGAUUCUGAGACACUAUAACUAUAAGAUUCUGAGACACUAUAACUAUAAGAUUCUGGGACACUAUAACUAUAAGAUUCUGAGACACUAUAACUAUAAGAUUCUGAGACACUAUAACUAUAAGAUUCUGAGACACUAUAACUAUAAGAUUCUGAGACACUAUAACUAUAAGAUUCUGGAACACUAUAAUUAUAAGAUUCUGAGACACUAUAACUAUAAGAUUCUGAGACACUAUAACUAUAAGAUUCUGGAACACUAUAAUUAUAAGAUUCUGAGACACUAUAACUAUAAGAUUCUGAGACACUAUAACUAUAAGAUUCUGAGACACUAUAACUAUAGGAUUCUGGAACACUAUAAUUAUAAGAUUCUGAGACACUAUAACUAUAAGAUUCUGAGACACUAUAACUAUAAGAUUCUGGAACACUAUAAUUAUAAGAUUCUGAGACACUAUAACUAUACGAUUCUGGAACACUAUAAUUAUAAGAUUCUGAGACACUAUAACUAUAAGAUUCUGAGACACUAUAACUAUAAGAUUCUGGGACACUAUAACUAUAAGAUUCUGGGACACUAUAACUAUAAGAUUCUGGGACACUAUAACAAUAAAAUUCUGAGACACUAUAACUAUAAGAUUCUGGGACACUAUAACUAUAAGAUUCUGGGACACUAUAACUAUAAGAUUCUGAGACACUACAACUAUAAGAUUCUGAGACACUAUAACUAUAAGAUUAUGGGACACUAUAACUAUAAGAUUCUGGGACACUAUAACUAUAAGAUUCUGAGACACUAUAACUAUAAGAUUCUGAGACACUAUAACUAUAAGAUUCUGAGACACUAUAACUAUAAGAUUUUGGGACGCUAUAACUAUAAGAUUCUGGGACACUAUAACUAUAAGAUUCUGGGACACUAUAACUAUAAGAUUCUGGGACACUAUAACUAUAAGAUUCUGAGACACUAUAACUAUAAGAUUCUGAGACACUAUAACUAUAAGAUUUUGGGACGCUAUAACUAUAAGAUUCUGGGACACUAUAACUAUAAGAUUCUGGGACACUAUAACUAUAAGAUUUUGGGACGCUAUAACUAUAAGAUUCUGGGACACUAUAACUAUAAGAUUCUGAGACACUAUAACUGCCUACUAUAAGAUUCUGAGACACUAUAACUAUAAGAUUCUGGGACACUAUAACUAUAAGAUUCUGGGACACUAUAACUAUAAGAUUCUGGGACACUAUAACUAUAAGAUUCUGAGACACUAUAACUGCCUACUAUAAGAUUCUGGGACACUAUAACUAUAAGAUUCUGGGACACUAUAACUAUAAGAUUCUGGGACACUAUAACUAUAAGAUUCUGGGACACUAUAACUAUAAGCAUCUGAGACACUAUAACUAAAAGAUUCUGGGACACUAUAACUAUAAGAUUCUGAGACACUAUAACUAUAAGAUUCUGGGACACUAUAACUAUAAGAUUCUGGGACACUAUAACUAUAAGAUUCUGAGACACUAUAACUAUAAGAUUCUGAGACACUAUAACUAUAAGAUUUUGGGACGCUAUAACUAUAAGAUUCUGGGACACUAUAACUAUAAGAUUCUGGAACCCAAAAUUGUCAUGGAUUUUGAAUCAGUCCAAUGUUGAUUGCUUCUAAUAUUAUUAUUAGUAAAAGCUUUGCAUUGUUCUAUUUUGUUGGCAGGGUUCAUACUACAAUAAGAUCUUUGGCUCCAUCAGCGUCAGCUACAACAAGACUUUUCAGGCACUUGUCAUAACUUACGGCUGGGCUCAAUGGAGACUCUAUGUAACCUCUAACGCUCCAAGUGAGACGUUUUACGGCCAAGGACUGGGUGCUAAUCAUGUUUUUUAUAUCAAUCCUAUCUCCUUUUUGGUUGGGGGUGAAAAUAACAAUACAAUUCAAGGGAUUAAAGCGACUGGGAUGUUUUCUGCAAUACCUCCUAUAUUUUCUAAAAAAAAGGAUGUUAAUAAAGGUACGCCCAUAUUUUCCAACAGUGCUCUCUUUUUUCCUAUGGCCAUAUUAGUGUGUUUAAUUUACAAGUAUGACUUGCAUGCAUUGCUCUACUGAUUGCGCUACAAACCAAAGAUGAAUAAAAUGUACUGAAAGGGUUGUAAGACUUCAGCAUUUUUUGUUACAAAUACUUCAUGUACUGUGUGAAACUGUUUGACUUGAAAUGGCACAGAAAAUUCAGAAAUGAAUUUUUAAUGGAACCAUAAGAAUAAGAGCCAACACAUCAAUGAACAGGAAUAACUCCUUG